AUGGCCACACACCUGCAAAUCAGGCCCAACUCGGCCCAAUCCGUAGUUCUGGAACCCCCGCCAGCAGCAUCUCCCUCGGCAGAGAUCUUGCUCCACCACGCCGCCCACAACCACAACCGUGUGCUCAUUGUCUUCUUGAACUCCUCCCCUGCUUCACUAACCCCCCAAGCCAACAUUGCCUUAGCCUCUUCUCUUGCGUUUCUAGGCAGAUCCAACGGAGCAGUGCACCACCUUGUCCAGUUGGCAGACUCCUCCGCCCUGGUUCUGGACCGCAAGCUCUACUUGUACGCAUUGUACCGGUGUCUCGAGGAAAACGGCCAAAGAAACCCGGCGUUUGCUCACGAGGUCGAAAUGGGCAUCUUGCAGCACGACGCUCUAGUCUUUGUGCCCUGCCUAGACGGCUUCCUCUUUGGGCCCUCCAGGGCCCUUUCUUUGCAUCAACAGGUGGUACAGUACGAGGAGGCUGGCGGCAUGAUAGCGCCUACGAGUUUUGCAGCCGCCGUGAAACGAGAUUGGGCCAACGGGACACAUUUGAAAUUUAUAGGCACCGAUCCCAGCUCGGUCCUCGAAGCUGUAGACGAGUUUGGGCCCUGGCACGAGGUGACGCUGGCGAUUUCAGCCCAGUUCUCCAGAAACAAGACCCUCAUGGACAAGUUGGUCCAAGGGUCCAGCAAUGAGCUGCCUAGAGGUCAGGGGCUUUUGGAGUUGGCCAGAAUGGCCUCGUUUCGGGCGGCAACGGCAAUCUCCAAUUUUCUCCAGGGAGACUAUGUCGCUGCCUUUGACUGGACUAGUCGGUAUUUUGCAGUCGCCGACGAGGCCCGCCGUUUCAUCUUUCCGGACGGCAUCAGAGCUUUGACCACCAGAGAUAUCCUCACUAUGGCCAUGUUCAUCACCAAUUGUCUCGAGAGAGGCGUGGUGCUGGAUGUUUCUACAAUUGAGCGCAUCUAUACUAGACUCGCAAACCCAGAAGCAGAGCUCCAUGAUGACGAGACCGAAACAUGGAGGAUGAGAAGACCAAGAUCGAGAGACAGCGCCGCAAGUGAAUUCUUCCAGUGCUCGUUGGCCUGGUCAGAGAGGCAAUUAGGCGAGGAAAACCUGCUCUUGAACAAAGAGGUCAUGAACCAGUCUUUGUUGCAACCCAUGAGGAAGUCCCAGUACUUUCUGUGCUGUGGUCACCUUCGGAGGCAUAUGGCGGCUUUUGAGGCUUCAGAAAGAAAAAUUACGCUUCUCUCUGGUGAAUCGAUCAAGGCUAGGGCGUACAGCGCCAGAGACUGCUCUUUGGCUGCAAGGCUGUAUAUCAUAGCAGCGGCAUGCCAUCCGUUGGAUGAUCCACAAUUGUACCGUUUAUAUGAUAGAGCAGUAUGGGCUCUAUGUUUGUCAGGCGGUAUCCAUGCCAGGGCUCUUUGGUUGUUUCUCCAUGCGAGACACAGAGCAUCGUUCACAGCUAAUUUUGCCCCGGCAAUACGGAGACUUCCAGUAACAAAACAAUCGAGCUCCUGGUCAAGAGUCAAGCUCAAAAGGCGGCCUAAAUCUGAGAGUUCGGCUCUAAAAGCACCAAACUACAUUACUAGCGUGCAAUCCAGAGCUAGUACUCUGCAUCAGGACAACACGGAAGGAACGAGCCUCAAGAGACCGCAGACAGUGGUGGAUCUUCAGGCAUUAAAUUUGGAGUCAGGCAGCAAAAUGGCCUACGGCCCAGAAAUAAUGUUUUCAGGCGCAGACCUUUCGGACUGGCCACAUUUCGAGAACCAAAUGGAAGCGCUUUACCAAAUGCAAAUGUUUGUCGAGAGCAUUCACGAAGCAGUCGAAGAUAACCCCGAUGGGCUAAAUUUUGACCAAACUGACGUUACAUUUUUAAGCCCCCUGGUAUUGGAGCAUCAGAGUGAUGGUGAGCACCCUGUCCUCUACUUGGCUGGCGAAUACUUACCGAGCAGAGCAGAAUUUAACCAGGAAGGCGGUAUUUUCGUCAGUCCAGAAUUGAAGUCACAAAUCAAGCUUCUGCAGUUUGCUGUUGAAGAGCAAUUUGCUUUAAGCAAAGAGCUCGUUAACGCUUGGGCAGCAGCGUACACCCAGAUCAACGGCAGUACCCCAGAUUGGACAGCAGAAGUCCUUGAAUGGUCAGGGUACGCCCUUAGUCUGGAAAUAUGA